AUGGCAGCAUCUCAGUCUCUCGGUAUCCAGUUCGUGACUUCCGAGCGGCACGACUUUUACCGCGCUCUUGCUAUUCCUUUUACUGCUGAAUUCGACUCUUGCAAAGCAGAUGCGAUCCGUGGGCACCGUGAUAAGUACCCGGACCCAGAACCUCACACUCGUAUUUGGGAUCACAACAUCCUCGACGGUAUACAUGCUUGGCGCAAAGAUCCUGAUCAGCAAGAACGUAUCUUCGCUACGCCAGAGCGAUUACAAAUUGACCCUGGACCUUUUCAUCCCGCCUUGCUUCAUAAUGAAGAUGACAUCUCGUACAUUGGCCUCGAGUUCAUGCACCGGAAAAUUGCACAGUACAACAUUGCUACUUACGAAUUUGCGGGAGAACAGGUAGAAUUCGAGAUUGUCGAAUACCGGUGUGCAUUCCUCACGAACCAGCGCGACUCGGAAAUCAGCAUCAAUUUCCGAUGCAAUAUUUCUAAGAUCACCUACAAGUUGACUCAUAUCAAGCCGGGAGACUCACGCGCUACAGUAUGGGAACCUAAUCAUCUCAUGUAUCUUGACAUUCCUCUUCCACGUGAAUGCAAAGAAGUGUUGUGUAUCGCGCAUGUAGGGAAAGUGCACAAUGAUGAUGGAGAUACUUACUUUGAAGAGCUCAGGCUAUAUCUGUCUGACGGACAGCUGCCCGCUCGUUGCACACCUGGCUCGGAGGCGCGUUGA